ACAAUUAAUAAAAGUAAUUAAAACUAUACCGAAAAAUGACCGAAGAUUUACUGAUCAAAGAGAAAGGGUUUCGGCAGUUAAAUGAAGAACUCGAAGAGAAAGCGCAUAAUUUAAUGGAAAAAAUAGAUAAUGCUAUAAAUACUUAUAACAAUGGAUUAUCGGUUUAUGAUCCAAAAAUAUAUCGUCCGAAUUUUAUAAACGAAGAUGUAACAGCGCAAACAGAAAAUAAUGCUCAAGUUUCUGUUAAACGAAACUCGUCUUUACCUCAUAUUUUUGCACAGUCAAAAGUAGAAGCACAAGAGGAAAUUGUAAAUGAAGCUUCCAAAAAAAGAAACCUGGCAAAUAAAACUGUUAUUAAUUUGUUUAAAAGUAAAAUAGAUAUACUACAAAAUGAGCUACAAACAAUACAAACUGAAUACAAAAAAAAGAGUGAUACCUGUAAAAGUUUGGAGUCUGAAAAUAAGAAACUGGAAAUAAAAUUACAAAAUGAAGUGGAAUCAUUAAAAGGAACAGUUACAAAAUUAGAAAAUACUAAUAAAGAAUUACAGUGUCAAUGUCAAGCAUUAAAUGCUGAAAAUUUAAACAUGAAAAAAGAGCUGGAUAAACUUGAGAAACAGAUAAAAAUAUCAGAUCAACAUGCCAGUAAUUAUAACAUCAGAUUAAAUAGGUCUUUGGAAAUAAAUGAUAAGCUCAGGAGUGCACUCAAAUGUUCUCAAACAGAAGAAAAGGAAUUAAGAAAUCAAAUCAGAAAACUACAAGAAGAUAAGAGAAUGACUGUUAACAAUUUGGGGAAACAACUUUCAGAAGUACUACAAGCAUUUAAAAAACAAAUGUUAAUUAUAGAUAACUUAAAGAAACAAAAUGCAUGCUUAAUAACAAUUGGACAAUUGAAAUUUACAAAAGAAGAUUUCUCAAGAUUAUUGGACCAAAAGCUUCAAUACAUAUGAUAAAUUGUAUAUAAAACGUUUAUUGAAUGACUACUACAAUUUAUACAUUGCAAAAACUGGAAUAAUUUCAUUUCAUAGCCACACGUUUUGUACAACUUUAUAUUACAGCAUGUAAUUUCUAAUGAUAUUCCUCACAGAAAUUUUGUAUCCUAUACAUUACCUGCCAGAUGCUAUGAAAUUUUAAAUGCUUGCGUUCUCUAACCCAAGACUUGUGUUUAUUCGAAAAAUUUCUUUCAAUUCGUGAAGCUUUUUAACACCAUUUAAUUUGAAAUAAACGAAUUUAUAAUUAUAUUAUAA